AUGACUCUUUUAUGGAUUCUUUCCAGGGUGUUUGUCUUCGGCAUGGCAGCUAUUCGCAAAAAAUUGGUCAUUGUCGGUGAUGGUGCUUGUGGAAAGACGUGCCUGUUGAUUGUCUUCAGCAAGGAUCAGUUUCCAGACGUUUAUGUGCCGACGGUAUUUGAAAAUUAUGUUGCCGAUAUUGAGGUUGAUGGAAAACAGGUCUGGUUUGUUGCGCAUCCCAAUCUGCCGUAUUCUCACAACCCAUGCUUCCUCAUUUUUACCUGUUUUAUCUGGGAUGAUCCGUGUGUAGUCGGUUUUUGCACUGUAAUUCGGCUUCUGCUGGGCUUUGCGGAGAUCUUUGACGCAGUACUGCAUCGGUUUUUCUGCCUCUGGUGGGUGGUCGAAUUGGCGCUGUGGGAUACAGCGGGCCAAGAAGAUUAUGAUCGGCUAAGGCCCCUCAGUUAUCCAGAUACCGACGUCAUUCUGAUGUGCUUUAGCAUUGACUCGCCAGAUUCAUUGGAAAAUAUUCCGGAAAAGUGGACUCCGGAGGUACGACACUUCUGUCCAAACGUGCCGAUAAUACUUGUUGGAAACAAAAAAGAUCUCCGCUGCGAUCAGCAGACUGUUCGAGAACUUGCAAAAAUGAAGCAGGAACCGGUACGUCCCGAACAGGGUCGCGCUAUAGCUGAGCAGAUUGGUGCUUUUGCAUAUUUGGAAUGUUCAGCAAAGACAAAGGAUGUUAGUCCUUUUCCUCUUAGUUAUGCGUUUUUGCAUCAUUAA